CACGCCGAGGCCCACGAGUUCUGGAAGCACCAGGAGAAGCUGCACUGCCUGAGCCUCCUCUACCUCUUCUCCGUCUGCCACAUCCUGCUGCUGGUGCACCCCACCUGCUCCUUCGACAUCACCUACGACCGCGUCUUCAGGGCGCUGGACGGGCUGCGGCAGAAGGUCCUGCCCUCCCUGAAGGCUGCCAUCAAAGACUGCCCGGUCGGCAAGGAGUGGAAGCUCAACUGCAGGCCGUGCCCUCCACGCCUCCUCUUCCUCUUCCAGCUCAACGGGGCCCUGAAGGUGGAUCCGCCCCCAGGCAGGGGCCCGGACCCCUGCGGUCACCUGGAAAAGCCACCCCCCAAGAAGCACUCCCCCAAGAGGAGGUUGCAGCAUGCUCUGGAGGAUCAGAUCUACCGCAUCUUCCGCAAGAGCAGGGUGCUCACCAACCAGAGCAUCAACUGCCUGUUCACUGUGCCUGCUAACCAGGCUUUCGUCUACAUCGUGGCUGGUGGGGCCCAGGACGGAGACGAUCCGGUGGCCAUGCUUCUUGACCAACUGAGGAGCAACUGCACCAUGAGAGAGACAGACUCGCUGCUGGCUCCCACCUUGUCGGGACCCAGGAGGUAUCAGAUGAUGCGGCAUGGCAGGGGGGGGGCGGCUCUCUCCAGCCAACAAAGGAGCUCCUCCGGACAGCUCGUAGACUGCACCCUCAAGGAGUUUUUGUGGCAGCACGUGGAGCUGGUGCUCAGCAAGAAGGGCUUCGAUGACAGCGUGGGGAGGAACCCGCAGCCCUCUCACUUCGAGCUCCCGACCUACCAGAAGUGGGUUGCUGCAGCUUUAAAACUGUAUGAAGUGACCAUUGAAGCCAAAGAUGAUGACCCGACCUCUCCCACUGGGGAACUGAGCUCAAAAAUCAUGAGCAGCAUCAAAGUCUUGGAAGGCUAUUUAGAUAUAGACACCAAGUUCUCCGAAAACCGUUGCCAGAAAGCCCUCCCCAUGGCCCACAGCGCCUAUCAGUCCAACCUGCCCCACAAUUACACCAUGACGGUCCACAAGAACCAACUGGCGCAGGCCUUGCGUGUGUACAGUCAGCACGCCCGCGGCCCGGCCUUUCAUAAGUACGCCAUGCAGCUUAACGAGGACUGUUACAAGUUCUGGAGCAACGGGCAUCAGCUUUGCGAAGAGCGAAGUUUAACUGACCAGCACUGCGUGCAUAAGUUUCAUCUGCUCCCAAAAGCAGGGGAAAAGCCAGAAGCAGACAGAAAUCCUCCAAUUCUGUACCACAACAGCCGGGCUCGUUCCACUGGUGCCUGUAACUGUGGAAGGAAACAAGCUCCUCGGGAUGACCCCUUUGACAUCAAAGCAGCUAAUUAUGAUUUCUACCAGCUGCUGGAAGAAAAAUGUUGUGGGAAACUGGAGCACAUCAACUUUCCCAUCUUUCAGCCAAGCACACCUGAUCCGGCACCUGCUCGGGAUGAGUCGUCGCCUGCCCCUCCAGAAGGCGAGAUUGAGAAACUUAAAGAAAAAGAACCUCAGACUCAGGGAGAAAGCACAGGCCUAAGCUUAGCCCUCAGCCUGGGUCAGUCAACGGGCAGCUUGGGCACUUACCCGCCUGACGCCCAGGGUGGAGCAGACAACGCGGAAAGUCACGGGCAGAGUGGGGACUCCAAAAGCGAGAAAAGGCCGAGCCUGGUAGAUCGGCAGGCAUCCACUGUCGAGUACCUCCCUGGGAUGCUCCAUUCUAAUUGCCCCAAAGGCCUUUUGCCCAAGUUCUCCAGCUGGUCACUGGUUAAGCUGGGGCCUGCUAAGGCUUAUAACUUCCACACAGGUUUAGAUCAACAAGGCUUUAUCCCGGGAACAAACUAUUUAAUGCCUUGGGACAUCGUCAUCAGGACGAGAACUGAAGAUGAAGGGGACUUGGAUACCAAUUCCUGGCCUGCACCGAACAAGGCCGUUCCUGGAAAAAGAAGUGCGGUUGUGAUGGGAAGAGGAAGACGGAGAGACGACAUAGCUCGAGCCUUUGUCGGAUUUGAGUAUGAAGACGCACGUGGCAGGAGGUUCAUGUGUUCAGGGCCUGAUAAGGUCAUGAAAGUGAUGGGAGGGGGGCCGAAGGAAUCCGCCAUCAAAGCCCUCAAUUCUGACAUGCCGCUGUACAUCCUGUCCUCGACUCAGGGACGAGGACUCAAGCCACAUUACGCUCAGUUCAUGCGGCUCUUUGUGGUGGUUCCUGACGCUCCGCUGCAGAUCACGUUAACGCCUCAGGUUCAACCAGGGCCACCACCGUGUCCUGUAUUUUACCCCGAGAAGCAGGAAAUAACCCUUCCAUCUGAUGGACUGUGGGUGCUUAGAUUUCCUUACGCAUACGUGACAGAACGUGGACCCUGCUUCCCUCCCAAGGAAAGCCAACAAUUAAUGAGUUACAAAGUUCUCCGAGGAAUACUGAAAACGAAUACGCAAUAAGAAUUAUUCUGGUAGACUGAUUUGAGUUUAAAAAGACUAUCUUCAAUCCAAAUCAUGGAUUUU